AUGAAAACCGUUCUUGCGCAUGGGUUGAUCGCGUCCAGGUCUAUCCUGAGUAACGGGUUAGACCUCGCAGGUGUCACGGAAUUUUCUCGAGCACAAGUCUGCUGCCUUGCGUUGAAAGGGAUUUCUGCCAAAGCAGUAAGCUUCUCAGGCUCCUCCACCUACACCAAUGAGACACAUAACUACUUCAGUGCGGCCAACGUCGUUCAACCAGCUUGUGUCUUCUCACCCGAAACAGCGGAACAUGUCGCUUAUGCAAUUCGUAUUUUCAACGGUGCGAAUUGUAGUUUCUCCGUUCGCAGCGGUGGGCAUCUUCCAAUCCCUGGCAGCAACGGCCAAAACGGAGCUAUCUUACUUGCCGCAACAAAGUUGAAAAUGGUGGAUAUUCGUGGAAAAACAGUAAGGAUUGGACCCGGGAACACUUGGACUGAAGUUUAUCGUGAAACCGACAAGGUUGGGAAAGUAGUUCUGGGUGGAAGAAUCGGAACCGUCGGAGUUGGUGGAUUGGUCUUGGGGGGUGGGAUAAGCUUCCAGGGCUCAGAACAUGGAUUUGCUUGUGAUACGGUAGUGAACUACCAGGUUGUCACCGCCGAUGGCCAAGUUCAAAAUGCUAAUGCCUCUUCCAACCCCGAUCUCUUCUGGGCUCUCAAGGGAGGUAGUAAUCGGUUCGGAAUUGUCACUGCUUUUGAUAUGAGAAUGUACCCAUUAUCCAAGGUCACUGGGGGGACGAUUACCUAUCAGUACUCCAGCUUGCCAUUAGUGCUCGAACAGAUCGACGUCGUUCACCGCCACCUAGAAUUUGAUCCAAAGGCUUCCUUCUUCGUCAAUGUCAUGGACGCUGCCGAUGUUGGGGUUGGCAAGCUUGUUGAGGUCGUUCUCUAUUAUGGCAAACCGUCUACCGGAAUUCCUGUAGCCUUUCAGCCCUUCUUUGACAUCCCCGGAAUUGUUGCGAAUACAGUCUCCACGAAACCGUACUCAGAGCUUGUUCCAAAUGGCAGGGAAGGUCUUUCACCAGGCACUCUCAGCCAUACUUGGAGGUCGCUCACCUACAAACGCUCCCCAGUAGUUAAUAAGAAGGUUGCUGAGAUUUUCCAAGAAGAGGCUGAAAAGUUUAGAUUAAGCCAAGGUAGUAGUGUACAACCUGGAGUAUUCACCCUUGCAUAUGAACCAUAUGCAACUAGCAUGCUCUCUGCAAGCCAACGGACUGGUGGAAACGCAUUAGGUUUGGACAGACAAAACGGACCUUUGAUGUUAGCCUUGUUGACAUAUUCCUGGAUCAAUCAAACCGAGUCGGCAACCCGAACUGCGGCUGUAAAAGCCUCAGUGGAACGAAUGAAAAGGUUCGCUCAGGCUGAGGAAAAGCAUAUUGACUUCAUCUAUAUCAAUGCUGCAGCACCAGACCAGGACCCUUUCCGCAGUUAUGGCCAGGUAAACUAUCAGAGACUUCGAGACAUCCGCCGGAAGCAUGAUCCCAAGGGUGUCUUUUCAGUUCUACAAGCGGGGGGGUUCCAUUUAUAG